UCCUGCGUGGUCGCCAUUAUCUUCUUGCUCUUCAUACUCAUUGUAGUCCUCGUCGUCUACUUCACCGUCUUCAAACCCAAAGACCCCAAGAUCUCCGUUAACGCCGUCCAGCUCCCCUCAUUCGCCGUCUCCAACAACACCGCCAACUUUACCUUCUCCCAGUACGUCUCCGUCAGAAACCCUAACCGCGCCGUCUUCUCUCACUACGACAGCUCCAUCCAGCUCCUCUAUUCGGGUCGUCAAGUCGGGUUCAUGUUCAUACCCGCCGGUAAAAUCGAACCGGGAAGGAUCCAGUACAUGGCGGCCACCUUCACCGUCAGCUCCUUCUCUCUCUCCCCUCCUUCCUUCGCCGUCCCCGCCAUCUCCGCCGUCUCCGCCGCCGCUGAAAUUCCGGGUGACCAAGAUUCGCCGGUUUUUCAAAACCCGGGUCCUCCCCAUUACCCGGGAUCACCGAGCAUGCCCGGCUUUCAAGGCAAUCCGGGUUCUCCGAGAAAUCCGGGUAUACCCGGUUUUCAAGGGAAUCCGGGUCCGGGUGGUCAGGGAAAUCCGGGGUUUCCGGGUCCGCCGGGAUAUCCGAGAAUGCCAGGUUUGCCGCCGGCGGGAUUAGGAGGGUCGGGUCCGAAUCUGGGAGAUGGGUAUGCGGAUCCGGGUUUGGGGUUUGGGUACGGGAACCGGGUGGGGCCGACGAUGGAGAUAGAAUCGAAAAUGGAGUUAGCGGGUCAGGUCAGGGUUUUGCAUGUCUUCACUCAUCACGUGGUGGCGAAAUCUGGUUGUCGGGUAACCGUGUCCGUCUCUGGUGGAUCCGUCUUGGGCUUCCAUUGCUGAUUUCACUAAUACCAUUAUUAUUAUUAUUAUUAUUAUUAUUAUCUUUUUUUCUCAUUUUUCUUCUUUCCUAGUCCUAGUAUUUUUUUUUUCUUCAUGGGUCUUCGAAAAUUAUUUGUAGGAAACUGUAAAAAUGGCUUCUUUCUAUGUAUUUCCCCAGCCCCAGCUCGGAGUAAGCCACCAUUUUCUUAUCUGUUCUUCAAGGAAGAUGACGAUGACAACUUUUUUUUUUUGGUAACGAGGAAGAUGACAACUUUCUUUAAGAGAUGGGAGUUUCCUUUAUGUUCUUUACGGAAGUUGACGCUAGAAUUUGUACAAUGAAAGUGCUCUAUUUGCUGCUACAACUAAGAAAAGAAAAGCAAGUAAUUGAA